AUGGCUCAGGCACAACCCGCUCUCCGACCUCUCGAGAGGAUAGGUCUCGUCUUCCUGUGCUCUUGGGUGCGUCCGGAGACAUCAACAAGCUCCAAGUCAAUGCCUCUUGGACUGCCGCACGCCAUCCGCCGCGGGAUCCCGCUGGAAUUCUGGCUCCUUGCCGCAACCUACCGCGAGCCGCGCGAGAUCCUCCAACACCUCGUCACCCAGACACUGGAAGUCUACUCGGCCUGGGUCGCAAAGCCAAAGACCAAGGAGUCGCAGAACGGGACAGACAGCGGCAGCAUCACCGCCCUCAGCUGCCUGCGCCAGGAUGUCGAACCUCUUGCCACCCCUGCUGGUACCGACAACAGUGAUGCCACCACGAGUAGCGGAAGCAUCUUGUGGCUCGGCAACCGCAGAAAAACCUCCGAAUUCGUUCUCUUCUUCCAUAGCGGCGGGGACAUUGCCCCGCUGAACCAGGGCCACCUCACCUGGUGCUGA